GUUGUCCCAUAAACCGAUAAAACCAUAAAACAAUAGUACCAGAAAGGAAGGCGCGGGAGAAAGAACCUCCUCUACAUGGCAAGAGCUACUGGUACACAGACGGCACGAAAACUGAAGACGGAAAUAGAGCCGGGAUUUAUAGGGCAAAGCCAAAAACUGAGACCUCUAUCAGUCUAGGUAAAUAUCGCAACGAUAUUUCAGGCUGAAGUAACGGCCAUACAAGUAUGCGGAAAAGAGCUAAUUAGGAAUGAGACUGCAAAUCAUCUAAUCAGUCAUAAUGCCAUUAAGUUCAUCCCAGCAAUCGUCUAAACUAGUAUGGGAUAGCUUGAAUACUCUUAAAGAGCUGGGAAACUGAAACAAGGUAAUAUUGCAAAGGAAAUGAUGGACGAGCUAGCUCUAAUCACCUUAUAGGUCCAGAGCCUUUCUGUGGCAUGAUGAGUACACGCACUAGACAGUCCAUAGGAAAUUGGACCAAUAAAAAGUCCCUAGAAUGAUGGAACAUCCAAUAAUGGCAAAGCGAGACACACCCCCGUACAUCAACUAAAAGAUUCGACAGGUGUCCAGAAGUGAGAUCGACGUUUAGGCAACCAGAAUUACGCGGCCGUGCAUGGAGCAUGCUCGCGUUCUGGACCUUUCGUGACGCCAUUAGCGAAUAUUCGACAAGUCUGGAGAUAAAUCUGCCAUCUAGACCACUUCCGAGGAAGUUCGCGGAAACGCUGGAAAUGUUUCUCGACUGGUCGACAGGGGAAUAAAUAUCCGACCAGAUGGCGGAAGCAGUCUGUCACAGUCGAGACAGUCAACGACACGAAAAGUUAAACUCUCAACAAAAUUAGGUCAUCUGGUGCGAAUAUUGGAAAAAAGGUCUAUAUGCAUAACACUGUUUUGGUAGACCUCACUGAUGAACAAGAAAUUCACCACCCGGCCACUGGACAACUGGAAAAUUUCCAGAUGAACUUGAAAUCAGUAAAAUUACCUACUCCACUUUAUAAAUCAGAAUUUUAUAAUCCUCAAUAACACCAAGUUAAGAUGUCAAGUUCAGAUAAUGAGAAAGAGCAAAAGCCAUCAAUUCCAUCGAAAUCUUCGAUGGAGAUUCUGUCAGAAUUAUUUAGCACAUUUCAUGCAGAGCCGCCUUUGAUAAUAAAAAGAGAAAAGUCUGAGGAAUCUGGGAAGAAACACAAAAAGAAGAAAAAACAUAAGCAUAAAGAUAGGAAACAUAAGAAGAAAGAUAAAAAGAAAAGGAGAUCAGGUAGUUCCUCUAGUGGUGGCAAUUCUGAGGUAGACCUGGCUAAAAUACUGAUUAGGCAAACCAAAGCUGAACAAAAGAUUAAAAUCGAAGGCACCAGUGUUGAAUUGGAUUUGAAUAAUAUUAAACAGGAAGUCAAAAAAGAAGAUGACGUGGGUUCAAGGAAAAUUAAAGCAGAAUAUGUAAAAGUAAAGAAAGAAAAUACUGAUGCUGAGGCUGAAAAUAAAAAUCAAACUAGCAUAGAUGACGAAAAUAAUGCUGGAGAUAAUAGGAAUGGAAAGAAUAAAAUUGUCAUCAAGGACCUCAAGUCAUCUUCUGUAAGUGAAGUCCUGAAAGAAAAAGAGAGAGAACAUUCAGAAGGAGAAAUUGUUGAUUCCGAUGAUGAUAGAAAGAAAAAACGCAAGAGCAAACAUAAACACAAGUCUGACAGAGAUUCAAGAAAACGUAGCAGGAGUAGGAGCAAGGAAAGGAGUGAUAAAAGGGCAAAAACUAAAAGUUACAGUAGCAGAGAUAAGGAUAGGCAAAAGGAUAGACAUUAUUCUCAUAAUGAUUUUUACAAGGGGCAUUCGAGUCGAAGUAAAGAUGAUGGAAGAAAUAGAGAAAGAGAUAGACAUAGAGAUAAGUCAAUAGAUAGAUAUAAGGAUGAGUAUGAUAAGGAAGUGGAAGAGUACAAAAGGAGUAGAAAUAGAGAAUUAGUAAAGGAUGAUGGGUUUUAUAAGGGUAGAGAUACGAGUGAUAGAGAUAGUAAAUGGACAUCUUCUAGAGAUAGAUAUAGGGAAAGAGAACAUGAAAGAGACCGCAAGAGAAGGUCCACCUCUAAAGAUAGAGAAUGUUCCUCUAAAAUUGAUAAGAAAAAACUUCUAGAAAUAGCUAGAAGAAAUGCCAUAAACAUGAUGAAAUCGGGUAAUCUACCAGCAGCUCUAUCUUUAGGCCCACAGGCUCAAGAGAAAGUGAUAGCAGCCAUCAAGUCUGGAGGCAAAACUAUAGAAGAGUUGACUGAUUUCUGCAAGACUUUAUCCAAGAAAGAGGAGCUUGGUGAAUUGUCCAGUCUUUCUGAGAAAGAUGAUAGUGAUAGUGAUACUGAUAAGCCGUUCCAUCAUCCAUUCCAAAUUAAAGAUAGGCCAACUUCAAUCACAAUGAACAUUAAGAAUUCCGUGCCAUUGCCCGUAAAAUCCCUCGUAGAGCGCACCAGCGAGCUGCGCAUGCAAUUCCCCGUGAGCAGCGGCCAGCAGCACCGCAAAGGGGAGGAGUGGCUGCCCGUGUCCCCGGCCACAGCGAGCAAGGCGGAAGACAAGCAAGCUCCGCCCCGUCCAACUGCCUCUGUUCCAUUGGCUGACGUACCGCUACCCCCACUUCCGAUCGAAGCUCCGCCCGCUGCGCCCCUGUUGCCUGCUGUUGUACCGCCCGUUGCGAAGGCGGUGGCGGCUGUGGUAGCGCCUGCGAUUGUGCCGCCUGCUGCCGUUGCGCCACCUGUGGCAGCGCCGGCAAGUGUUGUGGCGCUUCCUGGGCCGCAAGUAUUUCCAGUGACAGUUGCUGGACAGCAACAAGUUGAUAUUAGCUCUAUAGUGUCACAGAGGCUAACAGCAAUGAGAAAAUUGCAAGAAAACCCGCAUGAUGUCCAAGCUCUGACCCAAAUGCACAAAAUUAAUAGAGAGAUGCAGUCUUGGGCUUCUAGUAAACAACAGUUUGGCCAAUUUACCGGCACAACAGGAGCAAAUAUCCUGUCACAAGCAGAGCUAUCGUCUGGAUUUCAAGCCUGGGCCAAAAAGGUAUUAGUGGCCGGAUAUAUUACUGUUUCCUUUUUUGCAGGCCGUUAUAGCGUUAUAUCAGGGUGCACCGAACGGACACGUUGCCAUGGUCAUAGAAGUUAAUUGGACCAACUUCAAACUGCGGCCCCCGUGACAGGCGGAAUGGGCAUGCACCUCCUCCAGAAGAUGGGCUGGAAACCCGGCGAGGGCUUAGGCAAAGAGAAGACCGGCACUCUGGAACCACUGUUACUCGACGUAAAGUUGGACAAACGUGGUCUGGUCAGCAGCGACGAGCAGCCCCAGAAGAAGAAGCAAAAGCUGAAGGGCCAGCCUGCUAUCAAGACCCUACAGGGCAAGCAUCCGGUGUCGCUGUUAGGGGAGUAUGCGUCCAAGAGGAAGCUGGGCGCGCCCGAGUAUGUACUGGACUUCGAGUGUGGGCCAGAUCACAAGAAAAACUUCCUGUUCAAGGUGGUUUUGAAUGGUAUUGAAUAUAAACCAAAUGUAGCAAGUCAAAAUAAGAAAGAGGCUAAAGCAGCAGCUGCGACGCUUUGUCUGCAGCAAAUAGGCUUACUUCCUGUGGAGCCAUCGACAUGAAAUGUUUUCAUACAGUUUAAGGUGUUUUUGGAUAUCAUGUUCCUUGAUUUUUGUGCAAAUAAAUGUUAAUUUUAUACUAA